CUGGUGGAAGGUGUCCCUGCCCAUGGCAGGGGGUGGGACUGGGUGGGGUUUAAGAUCACUUCCAACCCAAACCAUCCCGGGAUUCUGUGACAUCAGGUGGAGCUCUUCAGCAAAGGGCAAAGUCAGAGCUCAAUUUACACAGAAUCUGAGAAUCCCAGCUUUCAAGCAGAGCUUGCCUUACACCCGCUGUGUGCCAGACAGUGGAUUUGGAAGCCCAGAGUUAAUCCAGAAGCUGUUCCUGACGCAAAGCAAACCGUUCUCUGGAGCAGAAGGAAAAAUCCACUGGGAUCCGGGAGAUGCCUAAAAUCCUCCCCUAAACCUGAGGGCAGCUCAUCAGGGCAAAACAGCAAGGGGUUGAGGAUCCUGCUGCAUCCAAAGAGCACAUGAGUUAAUCAGAUUUCCUGGAAAACAUGCAGAUUUCUACAACAAGGUCUCAGCAUGUGCUCAGACAGGGUGGAGACCAUUUAUCCACUGCUGUCAUCCUUGACCAACACCAGGAAAAGCAAAAACAAAACCAGGGAGUGCAUAUUUCCUGCCCACUUGCUGUUGCACAAGUGAAAGAGAUUCCUAAAAGCCUGAUCCGAGCAUUCAGCAGGAUGGAAACAGGGGAAGAAACUCCUCUGCCUGGAAUUGCCUGGAAUGGGUAUUUAAGCAAUUUUAGGCAUGGGACCAUAGCAGGCAGCCACUUGUCAAACACAACCUCAGUGGUGACAACAACAACCACAACCCCCUGGCUGGAUGGUGCCAACUCCAGUGAGUACCCGUAUGAGUACCUGGACGAGGAGGAUUACGGGCAGUAUGGGCUCUGCACCAAGGAGGAGGUGCUCUCCUUCAGCAAAGUGUUCCUGCCUUCGCUUUACACCGUGGUCUUCCUGCUCGGGAUGGCCGGGAACACCCUCCUGUUCACUGUCCUCAUUAUGUACAUCAGGAAGAGGAAGAAGAUGACUGAGGUGUAUCUGCUGAACCUGGUGGUUUCAGACUUCUUCCUGCUGCUGACCCUUCCUUUCUGGGCUCUGUACGUUUCUCAGGGGGUCACCUGGGAUGUUUUGUGCCCGGUCUUAAAUGCCAUGUACACUCUGAACUUCUACAGUGGCAUCUUUUUUGUGAGCUGCAUGAGUCUGGACAUGUAUCUGCAGAUAGUUUAUGCUUGCUCUGCUCACAGCUCCACAUCAUGGAGGAAGUCCAUCCUUGGCUUGUUGGUGGUGUGGAUCCUUUCCAUACUUCUCUCCAUUCCUGAUGGCCUCUUCACCAGCACAAGGCAAAGCCACAAUAAAACCACCGUGUGCACCCAGGAUUAUGGCCAGGACCACUUAUUUUGGAAAGUUGUCUUUCGGGUCACUCAAAACAUCCUGGGCUUCCUUUUGCCCUUCCUCUUCAUGGUGUUCUGCUACUCCCGCAUCGCCUGUGUCCUCAGCACAUCACAGCUGCCUGGCUCCAGGAGAGCUCUCUGCUUGGUCUUCACUCUGGUGGGUGUCUUCUUUGUCCUGUGGUCUCCCUACAACAUUGUCCUCAUCCUCCACUCCCUGCAGGAUGUCGGUGUGAUCAGGAGCUGUGAAAGCAGCAGGAAGCUGGACUAUGCCAUGCAGGUCACAGAGAGCUUGUCCUUUGUCCACUGCUGUCUCAACCCCUUGCUCUAUGCUUUUGUGAAGAAACGAUUCAGGUCCUACUUGUGGAAGAUCCCUCAGGCCAUUUUCAGGAGAAGUGGUUUCUUUCACAUCCAGCCCUCAGAGACAAGCCCAUCUUGCAGCAGAUACGUGGCUGAGAUAGAAAUGUUGAGUAUCACAACUGUAUCAUAAAUAUUUACAUUAUUUACACUGUGUGUGUACCCUCUGUGCUGCAUUUGGUCCUGGCCAUGGGAUGGAGUUGGUGUGAGCCCACAACGCUUGGUAGUCAGACAGUUCAUCCAAGAACCACCUUCGAGAUGAGGAUUUUCCGUGUUGGGAUUGGGAAAGUACUUGUGGGAUUUGUUUCUGUUGAUACAAAACUGGGAGGAGCUGUUGACUCCCUGGAAGGCAGGGAGGCCCUGCAGAGAGACCUCAAAAAGUCAGAGGGCUGGACAACCAUCAGCCAUGGGAAGUUCAACAAGGGGAAGUGCCGGAUCCUGCCCCUGGAAUGGGGCAACCCCGGAUGUACGGACAGACUGGGAAUGAGAGGCUGGAAAGCAGUGCUGGGAAAGGGACCUGGGGGUCCAGGUCCAUGGCCAGUUGGCCAUGAGUCAGCAGUGCCCUGGCAGCCAGGAGGGCCAACCCUGUCCUGGGGGGCAUCAGGGAGGGGAUUGUCCCACUCUGCUCUGCCCUGGGGCAACCUCACCUGGAAUAUUGGGGCAGUUUGGGGGCACAGCAAUAUAAGGAAGAUAUUGAGCCGAUGGAGAGUGUUCAAAGGAGGGAAUGAGGAUGGGGAAGGGCCUUGAUUUGAAGCUGUGUGAGGACACUGAGGGCACUUGGUGUGUUCAGCUGCAGAA